GUAGGUGGAGGGAGAGAGGAACGGAUAAAACCCUAUUUUGGCAGUGGCACUACCAAUACUUUGCUCUCAAAACCCUAACGUAUCUGCGAUAAACCCUCGCGCCUUUGCUCAAAUAGCUGCCUUUAUAACUUAGCCGCCACUUUUACUCUCGCAAGUCAUGUUCUUUCACUUUCUUGCGCUGGUUCUUCUUCGCCCUCUCUCUUCUUGCCAUGGUUGGAUUUCCCCCUAAUCCAGCUAUAACAGUUAAAGAAGAGCUAGCUUUGCAAGUUGUAGUCGAUCAAGACCCCAAGGUAAAAACUUUCAAGGACUCUAUUGAUUUCCCCUCCAUCGAUUCCUAUCUGGAUUUCGAUUCCGUCACUUGGUUGGGGAGUUAUCGGAACGGUGAGGAGUUUAGCAUAGAAGAUACGGACUUUGAUUUCUUUGAGGACGGAAUGGAGAUACCUCAAGAAGGCGUUGUUACUGUUAGCGAUGUAAUGCGUCCUGAGUCGAUUGAAGUAAAGCCUGAGCUUUGUGAUGACAUGUCUGGGGAAGUUGGUGUGAGUUCGGUUAGGUCUGUGUCGAUGGUUGAAGUAAAGCCUGUGCUUUGUGAUGUCAUGUCUGAGGAAGUUGGAGAGAGCUCAAUUAAGUCUGAGUCGAUGGUUGAGGUAGAGCCCAAUGUUUGUGUUGACAUGUCUGCAAACGGUGGGGAUGAACCAGCAGUGAAAGAUUCAGAACCGGUUGUUUCUGAAAACUCUAGGUCAAUGGAAGGUGAGACUGAGCCAGUUGUUGUGUCUGCUCCUUGUCCCACCAUGGAUUUGGAUGAAUCAGGGUUGAAGAAAACAGAUGAGAGUUUGGCUUGUUCUAUUGAAGUAGGGUUGAAGAAGGUAAGUUUGGCCAUGGAUGAUGAUGAGAAGAAUGACGGGGAUAAGGGAAAAAUUGAUUCUGCUGAGUCUGACAGUGAAACAUCGAGCUCUUCUUCUAGCAGUAGUGAUAGUAGUAGCAGUGAAGAAGAGGAGAGUGAUGAGGACGAGAGCGACGAAGAGGAAAAGAAGAAGGAAGAAAAGUUUGAAGAUCACAUGGUUAUGGGGAAAGAGGAUGAUCUAGCAGGGGAACUUGAAGAGGGUGAGAUAGAGAAUUUAGAUGAGGAGGAUGGGGAUGACGAAAUUGAGGAUGACGAAGAUGAUGAUGCUGAUGAUGACGAUGAUGAAGCGAUGGUUGCUUGGAGCAAUGAUGAGGAUGAUGACCUCGGUUUACAAACAAAAGAACCUAUAAGGUCAAAGAAUGAGCUCAAGGAGCUUCCUCCAGUUCCAGCUGUGGAUGUCACUCUGGAACCACAUCAUGCCACACUUCCUGUUGGAGUUGUUCUUUCGGUAAUGAGCACACAAGUAAUAGUUGAGGGAAUGGAAAAGCAUAGUCCUUUGACUGAAGGUUCUAUCCUUUGGAUAACUGAAAAAAGAACGCCAUUGGGACUGGUGGAUGAGAUCUUUGGACCAGUAAAGUGCCCUUUCUAUAUUGUGAGGUUCAAUUCAGAGAGUGAAGUGCCAGAAGGGGUUAGUCAAGGGACACCUGUCUCAUUUGUCGCCGAUUUCGCUCAACACAUUCUCAAUAUCAAGGAACUGCAGAAGAAAGGUUACGAUGCAUCUGGUGAUAACGACGAGGAGAUACCAGACGAGCUAGAGUUCUCAGAUGAUGAAAAAGAAGCCGAAUACAGAAGAAUGCAGAAGAUGGAAAAGAGAGGAAUGAUGAAUGACCAGAAAACGGGUAACACUAGGAACAAGAAGAAGAAAAACCGAGAUCUCGGAAGGCCUACCAGCAGUUACUCAGGGGAAUGGACAGAGAACCAGGGAUCUAGUCCCCUAUCCUCAAACCGUUCUGAUCCUCAAAUGGGUGGUCCGCUUUCAAAUCUUGGUCCGCGUCCUCAAAUGGACGGUUUUCCUCCAAACAAUGCAGCAUGGAGACCCCAGAGUAAUCAGCAGAACCCAUAUCAGCUUCCUCAUAUACCUAAUCAGAUGGGAAUGCCCAAUCUAGCCCCAAUGCAGAUACCUUUCAUGGCAAUGCAAAAUCAAAAUCAAAUGAUGUUCCAACCGCAGUUCAAUGGUGGCCAGAUGCCAAUGCCAGGUGGACCGGGAGGCUUAAACUUCUUUCCAGGACAGGCUUCAGAGCCAUGGCCUGCAUUGGUUGGUCAGAAUUGUUUCAACCAACCAUUUGGGAUGGGUCGCGGUAUUCAGCAGCAGCCAUUACCAAAUGAGCUGAGUUUUAAUCUGUUUUCUCAAGGUCUUCAAAUGCACCCGCCACAGUCCCAAAUGCACCGGCCACAGUCUCAAAUGAAUCCACAUUUCCAAAUGCCACCACAGUUCCAAACCAACCCGCAAUCUCCAAUGAACCCGCAGUACCAAAUGAUGCACCGACCACAGUCUCCAAUGAACCUGCAGUUCCAAAUGCAACCACAAUCUGAUGUGCGACCACCACAGUCACAAAUCCCGCAGUCACCAACAAUUCUGCAGUCCCCAAUGGAAUCACAGUCUCAAGGGUUUAGCAGCGGGCAGUCUUCUGAACGGGGAAGGGGCUUCCGUGGUCGUGGGAGGGGUAGGGGUCGGGGUCGCUUCGGACGUGGGCGAGGUCGAGGCCGGCAACAGUCUGGAUGAAACUGUUUUUGUGAAGCAUAUUGAUGUGUGCCAUAGACAGGACUAUAUUAGUUUUGUAUGCCAGUUUUCAGCUAUGAUUUUAUCAUCUUUUUACACAUUCUCUAAUUGCUAACAGUAAAUUCAAACUUUGAUCUUUCUUUUUC